AUGAAUGUCAUGUAUACUGAUGAAUCAUAUAGAGAGAUUGCUGCACUCGAGGCCAAAUUAGAUCGAAUGGUUGACAUGUUGGCUGCCUCGAAAAGAAAUGCAGAACACCUAGACGGGACAACUGCAAGUUCAUCACCGGCGAUUGAAGAGAGAGUCAUUGCCACCGACCUUGAUGAGAACAAAGUCUUGGAUGUGUUCAGGAAACAGAUGCUGCUCCUUUUCCCUUUCCUGGUGAUUCCCCCCGGGGUCACCGCACAGGAACUGCGCCGAGAGAAACCCUUCCUCUUCAUGAACAUCUCAAUGGUUGUUUGCGAAAGCUCUAUUCGACAAAGAGAAAUUGUGCAAGCAGUCCAGAGAUAUGUGGCAGAGCAUAUUGUCAUGAAAGGGGAACAGAGCCUAGAUCUCCUCCAAGGACUUCUGGUCAAUGCAGCUUGGUUCACAUCUGUCAGUCGCUGUCCGCCACCCGCUACAUCUAUACCCACAGGCCCCGGCGAUACUACCCUCAAAGCCGAGAUGGAGCCCCAGUCUAUCAUUCGAAGCACCUCACAAUUCGAUGCCUUUGUGCAUCUACUUGUAGCCCAAUCGCUCAGCCUGGGGCUAAACCAAGAGUUGACAUAUCAAAAAAGCCUUAAUUACCCCAUGACCUAUUUGAAGGAAUCAUUACAAGAACCCUCGCACAGUCCCGUUCGGACCUUGGAGGAACGACGAACUUAUCUAGGGUGUUACUACCUGACCACGAUGCUUUCCACAUGCGUGAAAGAUCUCGGACCCAUCAUUCGCUUCACCAAAUACACCGAAGAGUGUUGCAAGGUUCUUGAGCAGGCGGCAGAAAACCCCGUCGAUGCCCACCUGGUACAAUUAGUCCGAGUGAUGAACCUCGCGGAAAGAAUCCACUGUACACUCUACCGCACCGACCUUCACUCCUCGCCCGUCUCAUCACCACCUAUUGGAUUAAGCAUCCGAUGGCUAGAAGCCGAACUAAAAGAGCUGAAAGCUCGCAUGACAGGCGACCCAUCGCAGAGCGGUCAGUUCAUCAAGCCUGGUAUUGCAACCUUGAACCACCUAACACCCACUACAGCAAUCUUAUUAACCCACUACGACACGCUGGAAAUACAUCUCUACCGAGUUGCUCUGAACCAGGACUCAUCCGAGUCCAACUACGGCGAUCAUCCACUCAUGCGGUUAGACCUGCUAUACCGCUGUCUGGAAUCAACGACCUCAUUCUUCAGGAACUUUAGCGCCCUCCCCUCCACCUUCUUUCCCUAUGUCCCCUUUACCAUAAUAUGUCAGUUCGGAAAGGCUAUCGUCACUCUAUCCCAGCUUUCGCUUUAUAAUCACAGUGGGUGGGAUCGGACAUACGUCGAAAGCACGAUAGACUUCAAUCAAAUCAUCGACCAGUUGCUUGCCAAGCUGGAGGAAUCCCGGCCACACUUUCAACAGACCUUGCGGGAAUAUCCAGAUGGUAACCAGAUCCCCGAGAUCUAUGGGAGAAUGGCCGCGAGAGGACAGAUGUUGAAGGCGAUGCACCAGCGGAGAAAGGAUGCUCUGGAACAGACGUCACCGUCGAGUACGGUAAACAUGGAUUACGAGCUUAUGAUGAAUACGCCAUUGGAUCUUCUGUUCCCUUUCGGCGAGAUACCUCCUGUUUAUGAACCGUAUAGCUACCGGGUUUAG